AAGGGAAAUAUUUGUUGGAGUCCCGAUGGUGAGACGGUCCGUGGUGGGCGUGCGGUGACUGCAGUGUUGACAAACAUGGAGGAGGGUCCGCAGGGCUCGGGUGGUGGACGGGCGGGCAGCUUCAGUAGCCUCUACCUCUCCAUGGAAGAUAACCAGUCUAGUCGAGCUGCCUCCACCUCCACCACAGCCUCAACUUCCACAUACGCUAGUGAUGAGCCCACAGACCUCCCUUACCAGCAUGCCAACACUAGCAUUGCCUCAGAACCUGCCACCCCAUCACCACAGUCCCUCAAUGAAGGCAGCUCCUCCACCAGCUUCAUGACCAGCAGUUGGGAGAUGAACUACCAUGAGGCUGCAAUAUUUCUGGAGGAAGGAGAGAACAAUGACAAAUUCAACAGUCAUCCACGGGACCGUUCUGCCCUGCCAGCCUACCUGGUGACACACAAUCACUGGUUCUACUCCCUUGACCUGUUUGCUGCCCUGCUCCUGCUCUCCCUUGCCACCAUUGAGCAGCCUGCAGUCUUCCAUGGAGUCCCAGUGGGGGUUCAUGCCUCUAUAGAGCUCUUUGGUCUCUUCCUAGUCGGCAUCUCCAUUGUGAUGCACUUACGUUGGCUGGGACCACGCACUUACCUCACUCACAAGCGCUCUGCCGUCAAGCUGGUGACAUGGAUUGUGAUGCUCAUUGAUGCUGUGGUAGUGAUCAGCAGGAAUAAGACCCAUUUCCGCGUGACUCGAGCCCUGCGUCCAAUCUUCAUGGUAGACAACAGAUACUUGGGAGGAGUGCGCAGGUUUCUGCGGCAGAUCCUACAGUCAGUGCCACCCAUAAUGGAGAUAAUGGUCAUCCUGUUUUUCAUCCUGCUUAUCUUUGCCACCCUUGGGUUCUACCUCUUCAGCCCCAACCAGAAGGAUCCGUACUUUUCCACCUUUGGCCAGGGCUUUGUUUCCCUCUACGUCCUCCUCACCACUGCAAACUAUCCCGAUGUGAUGAUGCCAGCUUAUGCUCAGAGCAAAUGGAGUGCUGCAUUCUUCAUAGCCUUCCUGAGUGUUAGCCUGUAUUUCAUCAUGAACCUGAUGCUUGCUGUGGUGUUUGUUGUGUUCAGUGACAUAGAGAAGGAGAAGUUCCGCAAGUUGUUAGUGCACAAGCGCAGGGCAUGUCAGUAUGCAUUCCGCCUCCUGGUCACCUGCUCCCGGCCUUCCCACAUCAGCUUCAAACACUUCCGGGGCCUCCUUAAGUUCUUCAGGCCGGGCACAGGUGACAAAGACACAUUCCUCAUCUUCAAAGCUCUGAACCGCUCUGAGACUGGAAUGCUUAGCCUCAAUGAGUUCUACAGCAUUUAUGACAUGUGUGGGUACAAGUGGAGGACCAAGGAACCACCUCUCCCAUGGUUCAAUGCAUUGCCAGGCCCCAUCCGUGGCUGCUGCUACCUCAUUCGACGACUGGUUACAUGGAAGUGGUUUGAUUAUUUUAUCUACUGUAUCAUCAUCCUCAACGCUAUGGUGCUCAUCACACACACCAUUAUGCUGUCUACUGCCAACAUCUCCAUCACCCACGACCUGCAUGUCACCUGGGACCAGAUCAUGGUGGUGUCCAUAUAUGCGGUGGAGGCGUUACUCAAGAUAAUUGGACUGGGGCCAUGGAAAUACUUCCAUUCUGGCUGGAAUGUGUGGGAUUUCAUCAUCACUGUGCUGGCCAUAGUGGGCAUUAUAGCUGAGCAGUUCUCUGACUCUUUCUUCUACAUUGUCAUCUUAAGACCUUUGAGAUUACUGAGGCUGUUCAGGGUAAGGAAGAGGUACCACGCUGUAUUCCAAACACUGGUCAUCCUCCUGCCACGCAUCUGCUCUGCCAUCAUCAUCAUCAUCAUCACCUACUACUUUUUUGCUGUGGUGGGCAUGGAGGUGUUCUCGCAGUAUGACAUGAAGAACUGUUGUGUGAACACCACUGUGGAGCAGUUCUAUAAGGAUGACAACACCACCCUGUAUCCUGACUAUUAUUACCUCAACAACUUUGACAACAUCUUCAUGGCUGGCGUCACUCUCUUUGAGCUCACUGUUGUCAAUAACUGGUUCAUCAUCAUGGAAGGAUACGUGGCAGUGACGAGUGAUUGGUCAAGGCUGUACUUCAUGAUAUUUUAUCUGGUGAUGAUGGUGGUGAUGUCAGUGGUGGUGGCCUUCAUCCUGGAGGCCUUCACUUUCCGAAUGGAGUACAACCACACAGUGAUGGAGGAUGCAGAUGGAGAUGAUAACACAAUCCGUGUUCGAGUUACUUUGAAGAAGGACGACUUGGAGGCCGUCCGUAACACCAUAUUUGAUCCUCGUGCCCUCCAGCAGCUCACCUCCAUCUUUGAGAAUAAGGAGUCUGUGGCUUUUGAGGGUGUGGGACAGCGGACCAAAAUUGUGCUGCAGCGGAGGAUGUACCGCGAUGAAAUCCCAGUGUGGAUAUCCCAAGCAGAUCGUGAUAGUGAGUACAGCCCUGAUCUUCCAGGCUGCAGCCAGUCACCGAUCAUGAAUGGAAGUGAAGCCAUCCCCACCACCAGCCCGGUCAGUCACAGCUCACGGCGGGACACUCCACCAUCAUUCCUUGGCUCCCUCAAUCCUAAUGGUUCCGUGGAGGGCAGCAGCAGUAUACUUAACACAUAAGGCAUCAAUAGUAUCUUGAGAAUACUGCUAGAAAAUACAACUGAUCCCACCUGAAUACUUUCCUCAAGGGUGUGUAUUGUACGUUGUGUUGUGAAUGAUACUAAUUCAAAGUUUGAUAAAAUUGCUUUACCUGUAAUCUUGGAGGACCAUUAAUCAUUGACACUAAGUACAAUUUGCUGAAUAUUCCACUGAUAUUAUUUAUAUAUACUUAAUACAGAUUUCCUUGUCCAUGCACAAAGUAUUUCGUGAUCUUCCAUAAUGUCAAAAAGUAUAAUGUGACUAGGUUUUUUAAGAGCACUGUGAUCAUUUUGUAUUUGCAGGAUUCUAUCAGAUGAUUAUUAUCACAUUUUAGGGAUAGAAUUGCACUUUUCUAGGAGGCUAUUGGGAGUCAGAGAACUAAGGUAUCUGAACUGAAAAACCUGACUCUAAUUUUAAGGAAAUUUGGUAUUUCUCACUUGCCCGACUUAACUGACUCGGUGAAAUGGUGGACUGAAGAGUAGGAUUUAUUUGAUCAAUAUCAGAGAAUAUAUCUAUUUUUAAAACCAGUUGUUGAUCUGACUGUUGCCAUACUCUCCGUCCUUAGUGAUCAGAAGUGGUGUAAUGUAGGACACUUUGCUGAAUGGGCUUUCAUGUGAUGUCAGCAGGAGUGUGACUGUUUGACUGUGUGUAUGAGUGAUGUGUUGCUGAGAACUUUAAUACAAAUGCUUUUCUAUUUGAUACUGAGAAUUGUAGUUACAUUGUUUACUCUCAGAUGUUUAUAUAUUUUUGACAUUGAUGGUGGUUAAUUGAUUGACUACUCAUGCAAUGUUAGAAAGUUCCUUAAAGUUGUGAUAUUUCUUGACCAAAGUUGUAUUUUGUUUAAAGAAGAUGUACAUACUUUCUCAUUAGAGUAAAGGCACUGUGUCAGCAUGUUGCUGCUCAUAGUAAUCAGAUGUAAAGGCCCACAUAUUACAAAGAAAUAUUUUGUACAUUAAACUUUAAGGCAAACAUGAUCAAGGCAGCAUCAUGCUCAUGGUAAAACAUGGUAAAGCAGAUAGAUGAAUUUACUCAAGACUUUUAUAUUAAGUAGGAUGGUGAUAUUCUGAUGGAGAUGUAGAAUUAGGAUACAUAAUCGUCAUUGAAAUUAGCUAUUUAUGAUCUGUCUGGCUAUCUCUACAUAUACCAGUCUGAUCUCCUUAUCAAAGGGUUAGCAGGAACCUGGUGUCCAAACACAAAAUCACAGAUAAGAAGCUCAAUUAUACUUGUGACAACCAUGUUAACGUGAACUGGCUGUUCUUAAAUAGAGAUGUUUAUUGGCUGUGGCUUGUCAUGUGCAAAGUCUUAAUGUUUAGUAUUGAGGAUGUGUACAGCUCAUUUCUAUCAACCAGUUUAUAAAUAAUAUCAGGAGCCAGGUGCUCAUCAUUGGAGAGCAUUUUUGUCUACUAAUAUUCAAAUGUUGUUGCACUGAGGUAGUAGAUGGGAGGCCAGUAGGAAGUGGUCCCUGCGGCUCACAAAUUUUUAUUUUGCUUGGAGGAAAGCAUCUCAAGUUAAACCGGAUCUUUCAUGUUUCUUGCAAAAGAUUUGUUGAUUGUAUUGAUUCUGUGCAUAUAUAUA